AUGGAUCAACCAUCUGAAUUUUGUGCGCCGGGUAAUGGUUUAAUGAAUGGCUCGCUGUGUGAACGUAACAGUAUUCCAGCUAGAAUUACGUCACGAUACAGCCUAUCUGGAUGUCUAAGUUAUGGUAAUAUACGUAAGCGAACUAGCAAUCCAUGCAACUUGGUAAAUGUCCCUGUAACUACUAGUAACCUAAAAAAUCACCGAAACAACUGCGCUGUUCCAUCUUUCUUUGUUACCAAUGCCUGCCACAUAGCAAACAAGGUGGACGAACUGUCUGCAGUGGUUGCGAUAAACAAUUCCUCUGUAAUUUUGGUUACAGAUUCCUGGUUAUCGUCUGAUAUUCCGGAUUCUAUUAUUAACAUUGGAAAUACUUACAAUUCAUAUCGACUCGACAGACAUACGCCAGGUGGUGGUAUCUUGGCAUAA